AUGAUUCCUUUCAAGAAAGAUGUGAAUAUGAUAUCAAUGGAUUUCAUCGCUCAUACGGAAAUCCCCGUGGAACAUCAUGAACGCGUUUUAGCGGCUGCUCCAGUGAUUGCAGCAGCCCCCGCUAUCCAGUACGAAGUGCAUGAUCACCACUAUCAUUCACCCAGCCGAAGUUUACAAUCAUGUGUACUCCUUCCACAGAGAAACGGGUCACAUGUCCGAUUCGGACAUACUACUCCCUUUCAAAGCUCGAAAACUGGCAGCUGCUCGUAUGCGCAAGAGUCUUCACAAGAAGAAGGCUGUUCACAGAAAAAGAAUCUUCAUAAGAAGAGGAACUAA